UCAUGUGUUGGUACCAUGCCUAAACUUUUGUCUUCUUCGUCGUUCGUUGCUAAUCCGUCCUCCUUCCUCAACGAGUUUCUGAUCCGACUCAGUCCAAACCAAAAGCUUUGAUUUCUAGAUUUCUCCGAAUCUAAUCUCUGGUUCGAUGGAUAGUGGAACGCUCAACAUCAAGAAAUGGGUAGUGAUGUAUCCAGUCUACAUUAACUCAAAGAAAACUGUUGCCGAGGGAAGGAUGAUCAGUUUGAGUAAAGCUUGUGAGAACCCAAACUGCAUUGAGAUUAGUGAUUGCUGCAAGCAUUUGAAACUCCCUAGUGCCGUCGAGAUUGACAAAGCGUAUCCGCGUGAUUUCAUGCAAGUAGGGAGAGUUGGAGUUCAGUUGAAAAGGGAGGAUGGCACUUUCCUCAAUCCUGCCAUUACUUCAAGGAAGCAACUGAUGCAGAAAAUAGCGGAGUUGGUACCGAGACAUCCAGAGAGAGUGAAGAAGCAGGAACCUCAGGCCACAGCUUCAACCGCUGGAACUUCUUCAAAGUCAGGCAAAGGUGGCAAGAAGAAGAGAUAAACAAGCCCUCUCUCUAUCUCUCUCAUUCAGUUUUCUUCAUUUCAUCACUGUGCAUUCACAGUCUUGGCAUCAUCACAUCAAUAGACAAGAACGAAUGACAAAAGCAAAAGAAACAUGAAAUAUUAUUAGCGGUUGUUUUUGCUUUAU